CUCUGCUCCAGUGAGGAGUCCUGUAUCGCUUUCUCUCUCAUCCCCUCCACGCUCUGGUCUUCGGUGUUAAAACUUUCCUUAAAGGAGACGAAUCUUUCAGCCUCCUAGGAAACAAAUGAACCAACAGUUAAUGUUUUUCCUGGAACUUUAAGAAGGACGCGUCUCGUUUCGCACUGGACCAAAAUGGACCGCAGAACGUGUCCGGAGCGUCCGCACUGGUCCUCUGUCGCUGUGUGCGGGACAUACUGAAAAGAAAUCCAGACUGGAGGUGGACUGAACCUACACGCACUGUCCUUUCUCUUUCCUUCUCUGGUUUACGGCUCUGCAUGCCUCCGCUCAGAGGACAGCCCAAAUCAGAAGCGGAGAAUUAUUCAGCACGAAGAGAGGACAUGGACAUACCAUAGCCAGGGCUCACAGGUGAAGGAGGAUGUAGCUACAAAAAGAGGGACAUCGCAAACUGCAGGGACGCGAAUAGAACAAUCGGUUGUCUUCACGGACAAGAAGCACACAUCAGAAGUUGAGCGCCUCAAGACUUAAGAAGAACACUUAUGUGAAUGUAACAAAGCACUGAGGCAGCUCAACAAAGCGGUCUUACUGUACAUGAAGAUCAAAUACGCCGUCGGCAGUGACAGAUGGAUGACGCUGAUCCCUCACCCCGGAGGUGUGGAGUGACAGAUGACAGAGGCACUGACACGGCGGGAGAGAGAGAAAAAGAGAGAGGUAACAUUGGAAAGGGUUACUGCCGCCCGUAAGGGAAAACAACUUCAAAGGUCAUAUCGAUCGGGAGGCGAGAAGAAAUCAACCUGACCAUCAACUCUGAUCUGGUAGACGUAAAUUGCAACAUCUUGGAAACCACGGACCACAGCAGCAAGAUUUACAACUGAAUGCAGAUUAUAAAACUGAAAACUCAUCCCAAAACUAACUAGCAAAGAUCAAGCAAACAGCAACCAUGGAUAUUUGUAAACCAAUCUUCAGCUCUAAAUUAGAAACUCAUAGACUCUUAUUUACAUCAAGAGGUGGAUGUGACUGAUCCUCUACAAAGCAACACGGGACUUUUUUGGCUCAGCAUACACCUUGAGCACUUGUAGCCAAUGACGAAUUGGCAAGAAAUGGGAGAUUCAAAGCUCAGGGAACAAUCUGAGGGUGUUUGCAGCUAGCAAUACUAUUGGAAAACAAUAUAAAAUCAAAAAACACUUUUAGCCAGGUCCUCCCAAUCCCCUCUUCCCUGUCACUCCCCAAUACCCAAAGUUGCUUCCUUCCUUUUUCCCCCUUACCCUAGAUCCUUAUUAAUGGUGUUCUGUUAGUAUUAACAACUCCUUUACACACUUCAAAACUCUUUAAAUAAGUCUUGAUCAAUGCUGAGCACAUCUCUCUCUUCACCUUCUUCUUCCUGCUGUUGAAGGAGGUGAAUUAAAAUCAGGGGAGCCCUCUUUCAACCACCAAUAGGGUAAGGGUCUCUCUUUGGGAUGGGUGGCCCAGCUAGGGCUCUUCUUGGCGGGUUCAGCACCACCACUUCUUCCCUGGAGGUUGGAGGUCAGAUGGCUUGGCCAACCAACAAUCCCCUGGACCUCAACCAGACCCUGUCAUGGGGGAUCGGGUUUGGAGGCAGCAUUGGAGGUGCAGCAGCCAUGAGUGCAGGUCUGGACAAUUUCACCCAUGAGUCUGUCACCAGGAAAGGGAUGAAAGAGAAGAACUGGCCGGCUUUGCUCAUACUCGUCAUCAUCGCACUGACAAUCGGAGGCAACAUCCUUGUGAUCCUGGCAGUGUCGCUGGAGAAGAAGCUCCAAAACGCCACCAACUUCUUCCUUAGGUCGCUGGCCGUGGCGGACAUGCUCGUAGGCAUCCUGGUCAUGCCGGUUUCCCUCAUCAACAUCCUCUAUGACUACGCCUGGCCUCUCCCCAGCGCCCUCUGUCCCAUCUGGAUCUACCUGGACGUGCUGUUCUCCACCGCCUCCAUCAUGCACCUGUGUGCUAUCUCCCUGGACCGAUACGUCGCCAUCCGCAACCCCAUCGAGCACAGCCGCUUCAACUCCAGAACCAAAGCUAUGAUGAAGAUCGCCGCCGUCUGGACCAUAUCUAUAGGUGUGUCGAUGCCUAUCCCAGUGAUCGGCCUCCACAACGAGGACAAGGUCUUCGUCAACGGCAGCUGUGUCCUCAACGAGGAGCGCUUCAUGCUGAUUGGCUCCUUUGUGGCCUUCUUCAUCCCACUGGUCAUCAUGGUGGUGACGUACUGCCUCACCAUACAGGUGCUCCAGAGGCAGGCCACUGUCUUCCUGUGCGAGAGAAAGAGUUCCUCCCAGCAGCCAUUGCACACACCCGCAAUGACAAAUACAUUGCAGCCUCCGCCCAACACCUUCCACGUUCCCCAGAUCACACUUGCUGCUUCAGACUCACCAGAGUUAAAGGCCCCGCCCCCUCAGAGCAGACGAAACACCUUGAGCUGUCUGAAAGGAGCCGAGCCCAGCAUGCUGCUCAGCACCUCCAAGUCAGAUAGCAUAAGCAUCAUCCCCAGCUCGGAGAUGGCGUCUCAGCUCAGCUCGCCAGCUGCGGGACCGGGACGGAGCGACACGUCUGGUUGUCACGGGCGACGGGGGAUGAUGCAGGCCAUAAAGAACGAGAGGCGGGCCUCCAAGGUCCUGGGAAUCGUGUUCUUCCUCUUCCUCAUCAUGUGGUGUCCCUUCUUCAUCACCAACGUCACCUUCGUCCUGUGCCGGGGCUCCUGCAACGAGUCGCUGCUCAACGACCUCCUCAACGUCUUCGUCUGGGUGGGCUACAUCUCCUCUGGAGUCAACCCUCUGGUCUACACCCUCUUCAAUAAGACCUACAGGAGAGCGUUCUCCAGCUACAUCAGGUGCCAGUACAAUGUGGGCGCCAACGCAGCCGGACCAGGUUGCAAAACCCUCCUGGUUCCCCCGCCGUGCUCGUCGCACGCCGUGACCCCCCUACUGAUGGGCAGUCACGGGAAAGCCGGCAUGGACCGCAAUAGUAACUGUCGCAACGGCGGUAGGGGGGACAACGGGAGGCUGACGGUGGACCCGGAUGACAUGACAGAUGAUGAAACACAAAUCGGAAUAGUGUCGCACAGCUUCUCUGAAUGCCACAACAUCGACAUGCUUUCGGAAACGGAGCCGGAAACGGAGGUGAAGCAGGAGCUGUCACUUAUCAGCUACAGCCCCACCUCCAUAGAACACACCAGCAGUGUGUGAUUGCGUGUUUUUCUUGUUAUUUAACGUCUUCUUUUUUUAAACCUGCAGACGCUGGGCCGAGCGGUGUUUCGACAAGCUGGUGCUGGAAGCCUACAGCGUGUUUAUUGGCUGUAAACCUGCAGUGGGUCCUUUUAUUGUGAAAGGACUAAUCUCAAAUGAGGAGCCUUAUCCCCAGCCUGGAUUGCACUACUUAGCAAUGUAUGAGAGAAAUUAGAUGACGAGAGAGCUUCUGAGAUGAAAAGGUUUUGGAAUGAAAGACAAUAUUUAAUGUUUGUUUUCUAUUUGGCGUGGAAAUGUUGUUUUUUCAUUACAAAAAUGGGGGAUAAACGGUGUGCAUUGCAGCCAGUGUGUUGUACUUCAUGGAGGGGACUAAGGUACCAGCUGAGAUCCAGACAGGUUUGGAGUGCAUGUGAAAAGUAGUCAUUGAAUAGCUUAUUGUCAGUGUUGACCUGUUAUGAAGUCCUUCUGAUGCAGGUUACAGAGUCAAGCGCCGACCUCUGCCGUCGACGGGGUCAAACCACAACUUCAUGCCUUCACACGAGUCCAAAUGCAGUCCGAGCUCUGGUUAUGUGGAUUCUCUCCACACCAAGCAAGCUAAACCAAAUCUAUUUUUGUUCUGGUCAAACAGCGACAGUCUUAGAAAUAUACCUGAAUGAACCUUUCCAGCAUGUAUAAUGAAACUGUUCAGCCGACAGAAAAGGGAUUUCACUCGAAAAGGGAACUCACCCGAGGCUGCAGUCGAAGUUUGCCUGAGAGGACCGAGAUGAAGGAAUGUACAACGAUCACUGGUGGACUCGCAGUGCCAUCUGGUGGUCGCUCCACACAGAGAGGUCCCUUCCCUUGGAUCCAACAAGGGGCAUAAAAGAGCUAAAAACAUGGCGCAGGCCUUUGGUCUAACAUAGCAGUCAGCCUCUUGCUUCUGAUGACCAACACAACCACUUAGGAAAGAGUUAAAACCCCAACUUCUAAAGGUUUUUACCAACAAAAAUCAAUAAAGUUUCAAAUAAAAGGGAGCAAUCUAAAAGUAAAAAUGUGAAUACAAGGGUGCACACAAAGGUUUCUUAGAUGUCAUUCUUAAAAGGAACUAAAUACAUAGAUUAGCCAUCAUUAUCACUGAUUCACCAUCAUAAAAUAAGAGAAAACCUCCCCAGCUGUGAUCAAAUCACACUUACCUUUAUUUUCCCAAACCUGUGGAACUUUGGAUGGAUCAGUAAUGUAAUUAAUCCAGGACAAAUCUAUGUCGAUAUUCCCCAAAUCUAAUAAUGGAAAUUCAGCAUAUGCCUCUUUGAGUUUGGUGUCGUACAAGUCAACAGUCAGUCACCUGCUUAAUAUACAUAUCAUAUAUUAUCAGAUUACAUAUCAGAGUGGCCACAUCAGCUGCAGGGCAGAAAUCUGUUUGAGAUUCACAACAUCAUCUCUGAGGGACACAAAAUGAAUGGUUUUAAUUCAACCAUUAGAUCAGUCAUUCCUCUCCAAAGACCCCUCAGCCCAAAUUUGCUAAGAUGAUACUUUGAAAGCCAAAGAGAAAAGAACAUUUAAGCAAUAAGAUUUGGAUGAAAAUAAGCUCCAUCAGAGCCCUAUGUUAGAUGAAUGCUGUGACGGUGGGUUUUAGGAUGAAAAGCGCACCAACAUCUCCAAGAAUUGCAGUUUGAUGUAACUUGAUGGUUACAAACUUUCUGAUCUUUGACUGCUUUACAAUAGAUUGGGCCUGAGUCACCAGUGUGAAUCCAAGACCAAAUAGCUUUAGAUUUCAUCUGUCGCGUAAAAUGGACAGAAAGUCAAUACACUAAGAGACAGGUCCCUGAGUUUAUCAAGACAGGUCAGUAACCCUCACAGCUAAGUCCCGCUGAUUUUCUCACCCUCCCACAUUUUAUCGACAUCUGACAGGCGCCGGAAUCCCCUCCGCACUGCAUCUUCAUCAGUUGAAAUAUCUGCAAUGUACUGCCUUAAAAAAGACUUCACUAUUGUGUGGAUUUUGAAGGUGUCAAAUUUAGAUUUCUUAGCAACAAGAGAAAAUAUAGGAGAUAUAACCUGAAACUCAUAUGCAUAUAGAUUGGCUAUGUAGGUAUAGUUCAAUAGAGCUAAAUGGUUUGUGUUGUUAAGGAAAUGCAGUAAGAAAAACAUUUUAUAUGAUCACUUAAAGGGCCCCUCCAACAGUAUCACACGCGUCAGCUUCGUUUUGCUUGUCUAACGUCUAAAGUUUGUAAAAUUGACCCUGAUGAUGUCAUAGUUUACCUUGGUAUUUCAGGCUUGCGCUUGAGACUAAAAUAUUUUCAAACAAAGUCUUGAUUUGAGAUGUGGGAAAUUAGGGGGUCCAAUGAAAGAUGCUAUUGAGUUGCAUUUUGGGAAUUGUUGUUUUUUGGAGAUUGAGACUAAAAGUCAAGAUAUCUCAGUCUCAGCUGAUUUGAUUUUGACCAAUCUUUGUUUUAGUUGGCUCCUUAAAUUCUCUGAUUGUUAUGGAAGUGCAAUACUAAAUUGCUGGGAUACCCCUUUAAAUGCUAAAAAACACUGAUGGACACAGUUAAUUACUGAGUUUUCCUUCAGGCCUAGAUUUUUUCUUAACAAAGUAGAUGUCACUUUCCCCACUGAUCAAUAAUUAAGUCUGGUAAUCCUCCCUACAGCCAUAGAACAGCAAAAAUUACAAAGG